AUGUGUUGUAACUACGGGAACUCCUGUGGCUAUGGCUGCGGAUGCGGCUAUGGCUGUGGCUAUGGCUCGGGCUGUGGCUGUGGCUAUGGCUCCCGUUGUGGCUACGGCUAUGGCUCAGGCUGUGGCUGUGGUUAUGGCUCCCGUUGCGGCUACGGCUAUGGCUCAGGCUGUGGCUGUGGCUAUGGCUCAGGAUGGGGCUGUGGAAAAGUCUCCUGCUGUGGCUGUGGAUAUGGCUCUGGCUCUGGCUGCUGUGGCUACCGGCCACUUUGCUACCGAAGAUGUUAUUCUUCUUGCUGCUAG